AUGUUCACCACACUACCAGAUUUUACACCGCGAGAUUCGCAUUCUCUGUGGUACAGAUCCUCUCGCAGCCCUUACAUCCCACCCGGGACUCUAGACGACUUUAACGAAGGCGCGCAUAAUCAACAACAUGGCGCAAACCAAGCGCGACAACGCACUAGAAUCAUCGAGAGAUCAACUCUCGCUCGACUUGCUGCCGAUGAGCAGUACAUGCAGCGAAGACGAUUGAAUGUCCAGAACUAUGGAAGCGGCUGGCUAAAACCCCCAGGUGUUCCCAAGACACUUCAUCAGAUGCGCGAAGAGAAGCGAGAGCAAGAGGAGCACCAAGAAGCAAUGCGUCGAGAACAACUAGCACAGGAGUUGGCUGAGGCAGAAGCUGCGGGUGCGCCUGGCGAAGAAGGGACAAUGGACGAUGUGCAGCUUGACGGAGCGCAGGAUCUGGAUGAUGAAAUCCCAGAUGCCGAUGACGGCUAUGGCUUCGAGGAUGAUGACGAGGAUGACGAGGAUGACGAGGAUGACGAGGAAGAGGAGGAGGAGGAUGAUGAUGAAGAGGAGGAGGAGGAGGGAGAGGGAGAAGAAACAGAUGACGAGGCUCUGAGAGCAGAACGUGAGAAUAAUCUCAUGGCUGCACACAUGCGAAUGGGCGACGACGCUUUCCGUGAAGCACUUGUACGCGGCGAGCCGGAUGCUAACGACAUGUACGGCGAAGCGGAAGAGCACGAAGAAGAAGAGACUAAUGGCCAACUUCUUGACGAGGAAGAUUUCGUUCAGGAGGAUGACCUUGGCAUGGACAUGGACGCAGAUCUUGACGAAGAUAUCCCCGAGGCAGAGAGUCAGGGCUAUGAGCACACUGACUCUGAAGCCGAGAUUUCGAGCAGCGAGCAGCGAUCUAGCAGUGAUGAGGAAGAGGAGGAUGAAGACGACCUUGACACCAGCUUCCAACCUCGCUCUACGACUCUCCCACCGCCGCUGUCACCCACGUUCCACGGUGGCCGAUCACUCAUGUCACAUCCUCGCGCCAGUAUGGAUCUAAGCAACUUGCUCUCCCAAGACGGCAGCAGCUUCAUGCAUAGCAGUCCCGCCGGACGACGUGCUCGCCAAUGA